ACCACACCCUUCCCGGACACCAGCAGGCCAAGGCUCUUCUUCCCCUGCUCCACCUUGCCGAAACGGAACAGAUUGGAUUGCGCGCCAACGACGGCCACGCAUAUAGUCCGGCACGCCAAAGCCACCAAGCGUCGAUCGAGAACCGCAGAGUCAGACAUCAUGCUCGGGAGCUCGCCGUCGUCGCAGGUCAAGCCCCAGCAAUGGACGGCAUGCCGGAGCUGCGUGGCGGCGUCAUCCCCUGCGCUUCCUCCGCCACCGGUGGUCGCCGUCGCACGGAGGACGGUUGCCUCCGCUCCUCUCCGCGCCAUUACCGCCGAGUCCGCGGAAACGUCUCCGGUGCAACAGCCUCCGCCAUUGUUCGACGACGAUGAGACGACGAUGCUCGCCAACUACGUCCCGGUCUACGUCAUGCUCCCUCUGGAGGUGGUGACCACCGAGAACGAGCUGGAGGACGCGGCGGGGCUCCGGGCGCAGCUGCGGCGGCUGCGGGCCGCCGGCGUCGACGGCGUCAUGGUGGACGUGUGGUGGGGCAUCGUGGAGGGCGCCGGCCCGGCGCGCUACGAGUGGCGCGCAUACCGGGAGCUGUUCGGGAUCGUGCAGGCCGAGGGGCUCAAGCUGCAGGCCAUUAUGUCGUUCCACGCGUGCGGCGGCAACGUCGGCGACGCCGUCAGCAUCCCGAUCCCGCGGUGGGUGCGGGAGGUCGGCGAGGAAGACCCCGACGUGUUCUACACGAGCCCGAUCGGGGAGAGGAACCGGGAGUACCUCACCAUCGGCGUCGACGACCAGCCCCUGUUCCAUGGCAGGACGGCCAUCCAACUGUACGCCGAUUUCAUGAAGAGCUUCAGGGAGAACAUGGUGGACUUCCUGGACUCUGGCCUGAUCGUCGACAUCGAGGUCGGGCUCGGCCCUGCAGGGGAGCUCAGGUACCCGUCCUACCCGGAGAUCCAGGGCUGGGUGUUCCCCGGCAUCGGGCAGUUCCAGUGCUACGACAAGUACCUGGCGGCGGAUUUCAAGGCGGCGGCGACGGCGGCCGGGCACCCCGAAUGGGAGCUCCCCGUCAACGCCGGGGAGGUCAACGACACGCCGGAGGACACGGGGUUCUUCGCGGCGGAGGUAGGCACCUACCUCACCGAGCAGGGGAGGUUCUUCCUGACGUGGUACUCCAGCCGGCUGCUCGAGCACGGGGACAGGGUCCUGGACGAGGCCAACAGGGCCUUCCUGGGGUGCGAGGUCAAGCUCGCCGCCAAGGUGUCGGGGAUCCACUGGUGGUACAGGCACCCGAGCCACGCCGCGGAGCUCGCCGCCGGCUACUACAACCUCCCCGGCCGCGACGGGUACGGCCCGAUCGCGCGCGUCCUCGCACGGCACGACGGCGCGAUACUGAACUUCACCUGCGCGGAGAUGCGGGACUCGGAGCAGCCCAAGGCGGCCAUGAGCGCGCCCGAGGAGCUCGUGCGGCAGGCGCUGAGCGCCGGGUGGAGGGAGGGGAUCGAGGUGGCGUGCGAGAACGCGCUGACCCGGUACGACCGGAGCGGGUACAACCAGAUGCUCCGCAACGCGCGGCCCAACGGCGUCCGGCGCCCCGGUGGCGGCGCCGGCGAGCCGCCGACGCGAAGGGUCGCGGCGGUGACGUACCUCCGGCUGUCGGACGAGCUCCUGGCGGGCAACAACUUCCGGGUCUUCAGGACCUUCGUCAGGAAGAUGCACGCCGACCUGGAUUACUGUCCGGAUCCGGCCCGGUACGGCAGGCCCAUGAGGCCUCUGGAGCGGUCGUCGCCGGAGAUACCCAUGGAGCGGCUGCUGGAGGCCACGGCGCCGGCGCCGGCGCUCCCGUUCGACCCGGAGACCGACAUGAGCGUCGGCGGCGGGCUCGCGGAGGCCAUCGACUGGGUGCUCGGCAAGAUCGAGUGGAUAUUCGGGUAGGAUACUAGGAUCAGAUUAAACUCAGAGGCCACCUCCUCCAUCCCUCUUGUCAGCACUGUUGGGCACGGUCCGUUGAACUUGUCCCCAGCAUGACAUGGCCGGACAGCCGGUGACGCAGAUUGUACACGCUUCCUGCUCGAUCGAUGCACCGGAAGACCAGAAAUGUGAUACUGACGAGAACUGUGUUUUGGAAACAAAAUUCCAUGGUCUCGAAAAAAGAAGUACAACUGGGAGAAAGGAUGAGAUGGUGAUUUUCCAUCGCAGAUAAUUCACGGAAACUAUGUUUUGGAAA